UACUUUGUUCUUCCAUCACCCUCUGUUAUCACAUCUUUAAAAGCACCACCACUGGGUAUCAUGGGCAGCACGUGCUCUUGAUGUGGCACGACAACAUCCAACAAAUACGGCCCACGAGUAUUCAACAUCUGCUUAACUGCCGCCAUCAAAUCACCCAUCUUUGUCACACGAGCAGCAGGAAUAUCGCAAGCCUCCGCAAACUUCAACAUGUCCGGGAAAAUUUCAUACUCUUUAGACGGAUUACCCAGAUAAGAAGGUUCUCCACGCGGAUUGUGGCCAAUUCCUGCACGUUCAUAAUAAAACUCCCAUCACCAUCAAUGUCCACCACAACAGAACCUGGUCUAGCUACGGCUGCACCAAUUGCAGCAGGUAAUCCGAACCCCAUGGCACCUAACCCGCUCGAAUAUCAAAUUCAAACCCUCGAGGGCCAAUUUAAUAUCAGCACAAAUGGAGACGUGUGGCUGCUUGUUCUUUCCAAUCUCGGCAGAAUCGAUAUCGAUAUGGACAAUCUUUGCUCGGCUGGCAAAUGCUUCCAGCUUUCCCGUUACACGAUCAUCAAACCUGACUCCAAAAGCCAGCAACAAAUCACUCUUGUCCACAGCAUAGUUAGCAUACACAGUCCCAUGCAUACCCAACAUAUGCAA